AUGUCGAACCUGAUCCAAUUGAUCGGGUUUGCACCGAACGAGCGCGAGCGCUGGCACGGGGGAGAGGACGGGAAACCUCCGAACCCAAGCGGACGAGCUGCGAAGACGGACGGAGCCAAAGAGCAACAGCCCCAAGACCCUGGAGCCCAGCGAAUUGGGUAUUGA